GGUUGAUGAGGCCGUGACGUCAUUACGCAAACCCGGAAGUGGUACCUUGCAGUCAGUCAGUCGUGUUUACGGUUUUGGAUCUACGGAUGUGUGUUUCCGGGCAGCGCGUGCCCUUAAGUCUGGCUGUACGGUGUUCGGUGAAGCGCACGCUGCUACAGUGGUGGCGAUGAUCCCGGUGUCGGUGGUGGUGUGUGUGAUGGGAGGAUGGUGCUCGGUUUAUCUCAUGGACACUCUGCUGAGGUCGUCCAGCUCGCUGAAGAUCCGUUAUGAAUCGUGGCUCUCGUCCAGCGGUGUGUCCCUGUCCCCCUUCCACGUCCGCUGGCACACCAGCCUCUUCAAUUCGCUGUUUGCCAGAUGUUCACGUCUCAACCCCCACUUCCUUUACAUAUGGUUCAGUGGGGGGAUGGUGUUUGGCGUUGUGGCCAUGUUCGGCUCAGUGCUGCUGCUUGGUCGCACUCUGCUGCAGACUCUGGCUCAGAUGAUGGCCGAGACGCCGGAUGGUCCUCACGAGCAGGUUCUGCAGGUGGUGGUUCCAGGUGUAAAUUUGCCAGUCAGCCAGUUGGCCUACUUCUUCAUCGCUAUUCUGCUCAGUGGAGUUAUACACGAGUUUGGCCACGGGGUGGCAGCACUGAGGGAGCAGGUGAGGCUGAACGGCUUCGGCAUGUUCCUGUUCGUGAUUUACCCUGGAGCCUUCGUGGAUCUCUUCACCACUCACUUGAACCUCAUCUCACCUGUCCAGCAGCUGCGUAUCUUCUGCGCAGGCGUGUGGCACAACUUCAUGCUGUGUGUCACGGCGGUGUGUUUCCUCCUCCUGCUGCCGCUCCUCCUCUUCCCGCUGUACUACACCGGAGCAGGAGCGCUCAUCACCGAGGUGGUGGAGGGUUCUCCGUCGAGUGGGCCUCGCGGGCUGUUCGUGGGAGAUCUGGUGACUCGGCUGGAGGAGUGUGAGGUGAGCGGGGUGGACGACUGGCACUCCUGCAUCCAGCAGCUCUCGCACCAGCCCCAGAGAGGAUACUGCGUCCACCACGACACCCUGCAGCUGAACCGUGACGCCGGCAGAGAAUUUAGGCGUCUGGACGGAACAGUGGAGUGCUGCAGCAACAACAGCCUGACUGACCUCUGCUUCUACUACACCACUGAGAUUAAUAACAAACUGACACAGUUUGCAUGUUUACCGGCUCGGAAAACGAUCCAGGCGAGCCGUACGUGUCGCAGUAACUCAGACUGUGAGGCGGACCUGACUCCUAGCGUGUGUGUGAUCCCAUCACUGGAGAACCAGACUCGACUGAUCCGGGUGAAACACCCCCCGCAGGCCGACAUGCUGUUUGUGGGCUACGUGUCGCACCUGCAGUACUCGGUGAGUCUCACUAACUUUGUCCCUCGACUUGGUUUCCUUCACCUCGACCUGCCGGUGAUGCUGGAGACACUGUGCAAGUACCUGGUGUCGUUAUCCGGCGCUCUGGCCGUGGUGAACGCUGUGCCGUGCUUCGCUCUGGACGGUCAGUGGAUGCUGAAUGCUUUCCUGGAGGCCACGCUGAGUUCCCGGCUCCCGGAGAAGAGCAGCCGCGAACUACUGGGGUUCUUCAUCCUGCUGGGGGGCAGCGCUCUACUCGCCGCUAACGUCGCUCUUGGAUUAUGGAUGGUCACGGCUCGAUAACGGACAGCUGCCUCCUCCAAUCCGUGAUUAGGAGGAGGGACUUUUUAAAAAAAAAAUUUUUCCAAAAUAAUUCACCACAAAUUUCCUCAUGAUGAGUCCUGUAACGGUUAAAGUUCCUUUAAAGGUUUACGUUUUGAAUCUUUUACGUUAUUCCCUAAAUGGAUUUUUUUUGCCGCAGUAUCCUUAUUUCAAAACGUGUCUAAAAACGACGCCUCGCUCACUACAAACAUCAGCGUGCACAACUUCCAGAAGGUUUGCUCUGUGCGUGAUGUACUGAACCGGGCGUGGUUUCAGACGUGCACGCUGUACAGAGUUUUAACAGAAACCUGCCAACCCUGAAGCGGAAUGUAAACUUCUCUACAUCUAGCUUCUACAUCUUAACUAAAAUGGAAGAGCGGCACGUUUUCCCCAAGGGCCUGGUGGUUACUCCAAAUAGCAGUGUUGAGUGGUGUUAAUGACGUUCUAAUUAUCAUCACAGUUAAAAUUGUAUGUCGGAGGAAAUUAUUAUCGGAGAGUUCAGAACACCUAAACAACUCUCAGUCAUUCUGGAUUCGUGCGUUGAUCUGCCAUUUUGCAGGUGGGAAAGUUGGCUGCGCUAUGUUUGAGUGUACUCUGUACUCCCAUGUUAAAAUGCCGUUCUCCUACGCAAAACUCAUAAAGUUUGCACAUCUGGAAAUGUUCAUGAUGAUCAUAAAAUAUUGUUUUAUUUACCCAGGAGUGAUUGUUCUUUUAUUACGGGCUAUUUCUAUUGACAGAUACGGAAUAAAGGGGGCCAAUACUUUGUACAAAGCAACAGAUGGGCUACAGUUGGAAAUCGUGCACCAAUAUUUCUCUUGAAUUGUCCUAUAAAUGUAUGUACUAGGUGGGUGGAGCUAGUAUUUUGUGUUAAUGUCACUUUUUUUAAGCAGGCAACUCUCUGUAACGAUUCAUAUUCGACCAUAAACGACUUGGCUGUCGUGUUUGUUUGUUUGUUUGUUUGUUUUGUUUUUUAACUAAAAGAUGUUCGAUAAACUCCAAACUCAGAUCGUUAAUAAUCAUGACCAGCUGUAGAUGAGCAGGACGUGUUGAUUUAACACACACAGGCAGGAAUGAGAUGUAUUUUGGGAAAAACACAUGUGAUGGGAAUUCUGGUUCUUUUUAGUGAAUCAGAUCAUAUGAUUCAGAUCGUUAAUAAGAGCCGACUCUUUCGGAUCCCGAACGGCUCAGGAGCUGAGAUUUUGUAAUGUUUUGAAUGGUUAUUGAUUGAUUGUGCCAAAUUUGACUGAACUUGCUUUACUUCACUAAAUUCUGAUCAAUGAAAUGACUCGGAUCUCAACAUUCGCCUAAAAGAGCUGAGUCAAAGAACUGAAUGGUACGGGAACGAACCAGGAAGUCGCUGAACUUGACGUGUUGCAGCGAGUCUAUAAAACAAAUGGAGUAAAGUUGUGGGAAUAAACACCUCCUCUAUCUCAA